UAGCGCCGGCCGUGCCGUACAUGUAUACGCGUAAUACAACGCACACAAACGGCACAGUUAUUCAGUGUACAAAAACCUACAUUCUCUCGUGAGAAUUUUGACUGACGUUUAUUUUCCAGGAUUAGGAAUUCCUCUCAGUGAAUGUAUUGUCUGAAAAACCAAAGCGCUGUCACGGUUGAGGGAGAAUGAUUGUCCUCUCUAAUCAGAGAAACGAGCUUCCGAAAUUGAAGCAGAGAUCUGCGGAGGAAAAUCUCAACGCUAAAUCCAGACGUUAGCCGUCAGGCGAAUCGCCCUCUCCCCCUCUUCUCUUCAGCCGAGACCGUCAUUACCUUCACAAGUUCAUUACCAUGGAGCAAAUGGCGUGAACGGUCGUGACUGGCAAGCCCAAAGACAUAUUUAAAUGUAUGCGCCGGAUAUAGCGACGAGGCCAUAACAAGUGUGGUGCGUGUGUAUCGAGCCCCUUUUGAAUUGUUCAUUCAAGCGGUGCAUGUUCGUCCGGCCAGACAAUUUCUCUCUUGUAAAUUGCACAAACACGCCCGGGGAGAAACGUAGCAUGCCGACACUGAUGUAAGUGUUCAAGGCUUCAAGACUUCAGGAUAUUCAAGGUACAAAUAUAUUCCGAUAGAAAGCGUUCAGAUUCUCCAAUGAAGCUAUGGAGAGACCUCACUAGGACCAGGAAGCACAUCAACCAGGUUAUGAAGGCCAUCAACUGAGACAUGGGAUGCUCUGCUACCAAGACAGUGCCUCAGGAGCGUUCAACUCCCGUCAAAGGCCAGAGCAAUGGAGAUAUCCUCAAGCAUCACAAGCAAGAUGAUGUCAAAAGUCACACACAAGGCAAGGAGAAUAUCAAACAGAGCCCUGCCAUACACGACAGUCAGAACGGUGGACAGACUGGUGGUCAGAUGGGUGGGAGAUCCGGAGAGCAGACCGGUGAAAGCACAGGGGAAGAAGCCAACCAUAAAGUAUCAAAAGAAAUCAGUUUAUCGAAGGAUCUGGGGUUGCGAAAGUUACAACGGAAAGAAACACCGCAGGCUGGUCCUUUGGCGCAGAAUAAUAAGGCCAUCUCCCAGAGCCAGAUGGAAUUCUUCAAGUUAUUGGAUGAGAAGAUUGAAAAGGGUGGUGAGUUAAUAGAGGGUGACGAAGAUGUGACGUAGCCCAAGGCCCCAUCUGAUUUCUCUGGAAUACUCAGAGAGACUGGAAACAAGACUUUUGUUUUGACAUCUCAUGAUGUACAUUUUGGACUGGACCCAUUUGUUGGCCAGCAAACCUAUGAUGAAUCGCCAGGGUCAUGUCUGUGAACAUGGACACCGAAUUGCUACGUGAUGUCAUCUGUCACCAAAUAACCUCCCCGAUGUUGGCUGUCACCAGAUGUCACCUGCUGUCACAUAUCACCUGUCGUCACGUCACCUGUCACAUGGAUAAACCACAGAGUUUGCUUGGUUUAACUAGAUUUCUGGCCCACCUGUGUUUGAUUCAACAACCUGUUUACCCCUGCCACUUGCCAUCUGCCACAAGUCUGAAACCAACAACUUAGCCUCAGUAGUUUCAGUAUUCUGUUGCCGAAGUCUACUUGAUUGUUUUUUAAAUCAUGCUGCAGUGAUUAACGAGUUCCUUCAUGGUAAAGUGGAGAAGUGAGGUAUUUCACGUGACGUCACAGGUCAGUAGUCUCCAUAGUCACCCACGCGCCUGCCAUAUUGGACGUCUACUGUUGCACACUAGUAAAUAAACUGCCAUAGACUCCAGUGAUGAAUACGCCCACUUUCGAAAUUCAGGAAAAAUACUCGCAACUCUCCGAUGUUUUUGAGACGCAUAUCAAAUUAAAGCUUAUUUCAUCAUCUUUAAUUUUCUGUUCAAUGCUGGGGUUAUAAUCUAGGACUUUUGAGAGAAAAAUCGGAAAUCAGCCGUGACAAAUACCGCAGAACAUGCACGUUAGGCUUAAUGCAAUGUACUGUACGAUCGAUCCAGCCCACGCUAGACGCCCAAAAUGGCGACCAGGCACAUGAUAA